AUGUCUUCUUCUACCGAGAUGAAUUGCACGCAUGGCGGCGGCGCCCGUACUGAGGGCGAUGGCGCUGCCGCCACCACGGAGGUUGCCGAAAUUACGAGACGUGUUGGAGCUGAUACUGCUGCUGCUGCUGCUGAAACAACGGGUGAUCAUCAAUCAGCAAUCGCUGAGACGACACCUCAACAAGAAACAAGCCCAGCCGAUAAAAGAACCACGGAUUCUUCUGUAGCACCAGAAACCGAUCUGACUGUUACACCUACUGCCGCUGAUAAUCAGCAACAGCAGCAGCAGACGCCGAGCUCCGGGAAUAGCCGAAGUCAGAAAUCGAAAAAGCGACAAAACCAGAAAACAUUCAGCUUAUUUGAUAUGUUCGAUAAUCAUAAAGGUAUCGGAAGUUGGGCGGAUGCCGCUCUCACGCCACAAUUCGAAAAGCAGCCAUCAACGCUUUCCGCGCAACAGGUUUAUUGGUUUUUCAGUCUUUUUUUGUGUGUGUGGAAAUUACCGGGGAAAUUGGGAAGUAGAACUGUUGUCGUGCGCCAAAGGUUCAGUUUGUUUUGGAUAUCCCAUGCUAGUGGUUUUUUUCGAGUUCUGACUGUGUGGAAAAUGAAAUCAAGUUUAAGGUGUGCGGUAUUUUUGUGUUUCUGUGCGGUACUUUUGUGCGCCCUCAAUCACUAA